AUGCAUAAAUUUGGGAUUAACCUUAGUGAAGAUGGUGUGGAAAAGACUUUAUUAUAUUUAAAUCGUAUUAGAGUCAAAUUAGGUAUUGAAAAUAAUAAUCAAUUUCUAGAUUUUUUUCAAAAUAUUUCAGUAAAAAUAAAGGAUACAGAAGAAGAAAAAAGUAUUAAAAACCUGAAUGAGCUAUUACAAACUAUCCAUUACCAAGAAAUAUCUUUUGAACAAACAAAUGAAAUUAUUCUCAAAUUUGUUUAUCGAGAUUGGCACAAAGAAAUAAAAAAAUUUAAAAAAGAUCAUUAUGCGAAUACUGAUAAAUCUGAUCGUUCAGCAGAAGACAUAAUUAAACAAAUGAUUGAAGAACAAAAGAACAGCACUAAUGUUAUUUCAAAAGAAACUCGGAGGAUAAUUGCUAAAGAAACAAUAGUCUAUCGAGAAAGAGCUAAGAAAAUAAAUGUAUUAGAAGGAGAUGAAAAAUCUUAUAUUAAUCGAGAAAUUCAAAAUACACUUAAUCUUAGUUCUUAUCAAAAUACUCCCGAAGAAUAUAUUCGAUCUCAUUUAAAUGAUAUUAUUCCAUUAAUAUUUUAUACUUGUAAAGACAAAGGUUUACUUGAAGAAGUUAGAACAGGUGAAGGUAAAACUCUUAUUGUAGGACUAGCAGCUGCAUUUUUUGCUUUAUGUGGAGAUGCUGUUAACAUUGUUUCGAGUAAUCGGGAUUUAGCAAUAGAGGGAGAGAAAAAAUGUCGUUCAUUUUUUCAGUUAUUAAAACUCGAAAGUGGUCAUAUUUGUAGUGAAGAUGAUGAUAUUAAUCAUCAAUCAUAUAGUCCAGAUUUAAAUACACCUCAAGGAAAUAUUGUUUAUGGUGACUAA